AUGCUCCCACAAAAAUCAGCCUCCGUCCUCCGGUCCGCCCUCCGCCCAGCGUCCUUCUGCGCCCGGACAUAUGCCACCGCCAUCCCCCACUUUGGCAAGCCCGUCGGCGGCUUCACUGGCGCCGUCGGCAACACUCCCCUUAUCCGUUUGAACAGGCUUUCCGAAGAAGUCGGCGCCAACAUCCUCGCCAAGGCCGAGUUCAUGUCUCCCGGUGGUUCCAUCAAGGACAGAGCUGCGCUUUACCUUGUCCAGGACGCUGAAGAGAAGGGCUUGAUCAGCCCCGGAGGAACAGUCGUGGAGGGUACUGCCGGUAACACUGGUAUUGGUCUUGCCCACGUCUGCAGGAGCAAGGGAUACAAGUGUGUCAUCUACAUGCCUGAUACCCAGAGUCAGGAGAAGAUUGACCUGCUGAGGAUGCUCGGCGCCGACGUCAGGCCUGUCCCUGCUGUCGCCUUUGACAACCCUCAAAACUACAACCACCAGGCCAAGCGUUACGCUGACUCGCUCGACAAUGCCGUCUGGACCAACCAGUUCGACAACAUUGCCAACCGUAACGCCCACAUCGUAACCACUGGCCCCGAAAUUUGGGAACAAACCGGCGGCAAGCUCGACGCUUUCAUCUGCUCCACCGGUACUGGUGGAACCCUGGCCGGUAUCACGCGGUACUUGACAGAGAAGAGCGAAGGAAAGGUGGAGAGCUGGUUGGCGGACCCUCCUGGAAGUGUGCUUUACAACCUCGUCGAGACUGGAGAGAUCAAAAGGGAAGGAAAUGGAUCCAUCACUGAGGGUAUCGGACAGGGCCGAGUGACCAACAACUUGGCCCCCGACCUCAAGCUCCUGUCUGGAGCUAUCCACGUCCCGGACUCGGCUUCCAUCAACAUGAUCUACCGUUUGCUGGAUGAGGAGGGUCUUUACGUUGGUGCUUCCAGUGCUUUGAACGUCUGGGCGGCCACGGAGCUUGCCAAGCGUAAAGGAAAGGGAAGCACUGUUGUUACCGUUCUUUGUGAUGGUGCUUACAGGUACCAGGCUCGUCUCUUCUCCCGAGUGUGGCUUGAAUCCAAGGGUCUCAUCUCCCAUAUCCCCGAACACCUCCAAAAGUACAUUGUCUUGGCCUAG